CGAAGAAGAAGUAGGUGGUUGUCAAAUUGCGUUAAUUAUCAACUGUACGAAAGUUUUUGUCAAAGUUCAAACACUCAAGAAAAAUUAUAAAUAAAAAAUUAUUCUUGAUACAGCAAAAUGUUUCGUAAUUCGCUUACUUUUGACAAGUUAUUAGAUAAAGCAACGAGUCAUUUACACCUCGAGCCUGACUGGGUUGCAAUUCUCCAAAUUUGCGACUUAAUACGUCAGGGAGAUGUGCAACCUAAAGCAGCACUUGCAGCCAUAAAGAAGAAAAUGACGAGUCCUAACCCACAUGUGGCAUUGUAUGCUUUAUUGGUACUAGAAUCUUGUGUUAAAAAUUGUGGUACACUAAUACAUGAUGAAGUUGGUACUAAACAGUAUAUGGAGUUGCUUAAAGAACUGGUAAAGACAACAACACACGAAAACGUUAAACUUAAGACAUUAGAAUUGAUUCAAGCUUGGGCACAUGCAUUUAGAAACAGUCUUAAUUAUAGAGCAGUACAAGAUACACUUAACAUUAUGAAAGCUGAAGGAUAUAAAUUUCCUGUUUUAAAAGAAAGUGAUGCAAUGUUUAUUGCUGAUACUGCUCCAGCAUGGGCAGAUGGUGAUGUAUGCCAUCGGUGUAGGGUGUCAUUUUCAAUGAUGCAGAGGAAACAUCAUUGUAGAGCAUGUGGUCAAGUAUUUUGUGCUCAGUGUUCAAAUAAGGCAUCCACUCUGCCUAAAUUUGGAAUUGAAAAAGAAGUCAGAGUUUGUGAAGCAUGCUAUGAACAAAUUAAUAAACCAUCCACCACUCAAAUUAAAGAAGCAGAUUUACCUGCUGAAUAUCUCAAGAGUUCUUUAGCUCAACAACAACAGGUUCCUCCCAGAAAAUCAGCUGCAGAACUACAAGAAGAGGAGGAACUUAAUCUUGCCCUAGCUUUAAGUCAAAGUGAAGCAGAACAAAAAGAAAAGGAAAAAAAACGCACGACUAGUGCUUUGAAAUCAAACACUAGCACAGUGCCCAGAACAACAUAUUCUCCACCACCAUCACCUGGCCCUAGUCCAUCAAAAUUGCAAGAAGAGGAAGAGGUUGAUCCCGAGCUCGCAAAGUACUUGAAUCGCAAAUAUUGGGAACAGAGACAGUCUGCAAUCGAAGAACAUGGUUCCAGAGCAGAUGUUACUAGUCCUUCUGCUCCUAAUAUAAGCAGUCCAAUGCCGCAAAAAGUUAUCGUUGCAAAACAACAAAACGGAGAAGUUGACAAUCAAAUGGAAGAAUUUGUUAAUGCUUUACGUUCUCAAGUUGAAAUUUUUGUUAACAGAAUGAAAAGCAAUUCAUCUAGGGGUAGAUCAAUUGCUAAUGAUAGUUCUGUGCAAACUUUAUUUUUAAAUAUUACUGCUAUGCAUUCAAGAUUAUUGAGGUAUAUUCAAGAACAAGAUGAUAGUAGGGUAUAUUAUGAAGGCCUCCAGGAUAAAUUAACGCAAAUGAAGGAUGCUAGAGCUGCGUUAGACGCUCUGCGAGAGGAACAUAGAGAAAAAUUACGAAGACAAGCAGAAGAAGCCGAAAGACAAAGGCAACUAUUGAUGGCUCAGAAGUUGGCAAUUAUGAGGAAAAAGAAACAAGAAUACUUGCAGUACCAACGUCAGCUUGCUUUGCAAAAGAUACAGGAGCAAGAAAGAGAAAUGCAAAUGAGACAAGAACAACAAAAGCAACAAUAUAUAAUGGGUGGUUAUCAAGCGGUUUCUGGUUUUAUGGGAACAUCUCAAGGUUCACCAGUUCGUCAUGUUCACUAUCAAACACCAGGAGCUAACUACAAUCCUAUGUCGCCAACAAAUCAAGGAUAUAUGUAUGGACAACCUCCUAUGAAACAAUAUCCUAUGCAGGGUUAUAAUAUGCCACCUAUGAAUUCUAUGCCGCCUCAUGUAAUGGGGCCAAUGCCUAAUCAAGAGCAACAACCAGCUGACCCAAUUGUUCAAGGACAAGAAGCAAUGGGUCGAGUUUCCGUUUCCGGACCAGGAAUGAUGUCUCAAAUUACAAAUCCUAUACCGCAACUUCAGCAGGCAGGUGGACCUCAGAUGGGACCGCCACCUCCACAAGGUCCGCCAAAUCAUAUGCCACAACCACAGCCGACGCCAACGCAUAUACCACCACAACCACAAGGUGCUCCUCCCCAAAUCACACAGCCAGGACCACUAAAUCAAAUGGGUAUACCUCAGGUGCCACAAGGUCAUAUGGGUCCUUCACCUGCGCAAAUGCCUGGACCUGGAACACACGGCCCUCGAGGACAAAUCAUUGGCAUACCACAGCAAAUGGGACCACAACCAUCUUCGAUGCCGGGUCCUCAAGGACCUCAGAUGCAACCUCAUGUUUCAAACACACCUAUUUCGUCUCAGGGAUCUAGCACUAUUCAAGUACCUCCAGGAACUACGACUGGACCGAUUCUAACACAGAAUCCAGUAAUGCAGGGUCCUCCUGGACCUGGUGUACCACCAAUGCAGGGUAUUGCUCAGGCCCCAGUAUCUCAAGGACAACUACAGUUUCAACAACCAACUCCUAUGCCACCCGCGUCAAAUGAAAUUAAACAAAUAAAAGAGGAUUCGAAACCGGAAACAGCAGAGCUGAUUUCUUUUGAUUGA